UGAUAUCAUGAUCUUCUCGAAUGGGUCUGCCAAAUCCAUCCUUAAUCUCAAAAAAUUCCUCCAAAGGUUUACAGAUGGUUGUGGUCAGCUGCUUAACAUCAACAAAUGCACGAUGGUGGUAAGCAAAAAGUCAAGCCUUGCAAAGAAAAUCAGUUGGCAAAAACAGACAGAAAUGAUGGUCACUAACCUUCCAACUUCGUACCUCGGAGUUCAACUGCACACGGGGAUGCCCAGGGUGACAAACUGCCUGGGGAUCAUCGGGUCCUUUGAAAGAAGGCUGCAAUCCUGGAAAAAGAAAAAUCUAAGUCAAGGAGGCCGGCUUAUCUUAAUCAAACAUACCCUUUGAUAUGUAACAGAAAAAAUAGAAAUCAACGGGGUGAACCGUUGCCCAGAUAAUCAACGAUAAAAAUACCGUUGCCCAAAGCCAAAAGGCUAAACUCUAACUUUAUUCCAAGAUAAUAAGAAUGAACCCUGGCGAGGGGUAUAAAUAGCCUUCUACAAGAAACCCUAAUCAAGCCCAUAUUAAUUAAACCCUAAUUAGGCCCAAAUUAACUCAACUAACUACUCUACUAAUAAUACGCCCAAACUAAAACAUAACAUUAACUUAAUAAUAAUAAUAAUUAAACUAUAACGACAACCCUAACUCGGCCCACGGAAGUGGGCCCAAGCCCGGUCCCUCCCCAUGCUCUUCCCGCUCUCUAUCAAUCCAUCCUCCUUCAAAAUAACCUUGUCCUCAAGGUUGAAAGCUGACAGAUGGGGAGCUGAAAUUCCCAGACAUAGAAUAGACUGGAAAAUAUCUUUUCUCUCUUUCCUGGCCGGUUAUUUCACAGUACUCAUGCUGUUGGAGGUCUAACUCUUCCUCCUCCUCGGCUAUCAUUACCCGCAGCUGCUUAAAGGGACAGUCGUGCCCCGGUGUAAAUGGUUUCUUACACCUAAAGCAUAAUCCUUUCGCCCUCAAUUCUGUGAACUCCUUUGGCGGAAGACGAGUGAACUGAGAGCAUGUCGUAGGCUGCCCGGACAGCCCUGACUUCGUCCCCGGAGGCUGUCCACUAUCCUUCGCAAAGCUGCCCCUUGAUCCCUGCAAGCUGCCACCACUGGCAGUCAAAGGAGGACCCGUGUUUGCCAUUAAAAAGCUGCUGCCACUUCCUCCACUUUGGACGGACAGAUUAUGCUCCACAUCGCGAGCUAAUUCCAUGGCUGUUUCCAUGUUUUCUGGCCGUAAUAAGCGCAACGAACUUCGGAUUGCUUCCCCAGGUCCACUCAUGUAGUAGCCCAAAUAAUGAUCGUCGGUCAAUCCCGGAACUUGGCUAGCCAAUUGAACGAACAAGGUAUUGUAUUCCUCCACCGACCCAAUUUGUUUGACGCCGGACAGCCAUUCAAACCUGUUUCCCUGAUAUCGGGAAUCAAAUCUGGCCACCAAGGCUUGCUUAAAUUCCUCCCAAGAUAUGCCAGGUUUGCGCGCCUUUAACCACGUCACCCAAUAGAGGGCAGCCCCUUCCAUAGAAACCCUAGCCGCUGCAACUUGUCUGUCUGGUGGGGUCCUGUUGAGCUCGAACUGCUGCUCCACUCUCGCCAACCACCCAAUUGGGUCUUCGCCAUCGAACGAGGGAAGUAGCGUUGUGGCUGCGGUGCGCAGUCCGCCAUCAUCGGAGAAGACAGAUGCGACGUGGCCGGAGGAAUCGCUCUCGACGGUCGCGAUGGGAGAUUUCUGCGGCGGCACCAUGGCCUUCGCGAUUGCUGCAAGAGAGGCUGCGAUUUCCGCAAGCUGGGCGGCCUGCUCUUCGAGUUUCUGACCUUGUGUGUCAAGUUUCUGUCCCUGCAGAUCAAGUUUCUGUCCUUGCGUGUCAAGUUUUUGAUUGAUUAGGGCCUGUUCAGCCUCCAAUUCUGAUAAACGUUCGUUGGUUGAUCUCGUCAUUCCGGCGGGACGGGAUCCGGCAGGUCGGACCAAUUGAUAUGUAACAGAAAAAAUAGAAAUCAACGGGGUGAACCGUUGCCCAGAUAAUCAACGAUAAAAAUACCGUUGCCCAAAGCCAAAAGGCUAAACUCUAACUUUAUUCCAAGAUAAUAAGAAUGAACCCUGGCGAGGGGUAUAAAUAGUCUUCUACAAGAAACCCUAAUCAAGCCCAUAUUAAUUAAACCCUAAUUAGGCCCAAAUUAACUCAACUAACUACUCUACUAAUAAUAGGCCCAAACUAAAACAUAACAUUAACUUAAUAAUAAUAAUAAUUAAACUAUAACGACAACCCUAACUCGGCCCACGGAAGUGGGCCCAAGCCCGGUCCCGCCCCAUGCUCUUCCCGCUCUCUAUCACCCUUGCAACAAUCCCUAUAUAUCACAUGACCACAACAAAAAUCCCGAGUAAAGUUAUAACAAUUCUGGAGCAAAUUAUGUCAAACUUCUUUUGGGGCUCCAAGGACAACAAAAACAAAUACCAUUGGAAAAGCUGGGAACACUUGUGAGAACCCAGUGAAGAAGGUGGUUUAGGCCUCAGAUCGUUAAGAGAUACUCAAGCUGAUCUCCAGCUUAAGCUAUGGUGGAAAUUCAAAGAAAAUAAAACCCCCUGGGCAAACUUCAUGCACACAAGAUACUCAAGAACUGUCCACAUGUCACACAAACCCAAAGACUCGCACAUUUGGAAGCAAAUAUGUGCAGUAAACAACCUGGGCACUCAACUCACACACGAAACAUAAGGAAAAUUCUUUUGGGAACCAGAAAAAAAAGGAAACUUCAGCCUAUCAUCUGCUUACCAACAUGUCAGAACUCACCACAACAAAACCUUCUCUCACAGACAAGUUUGGGAAUCAAACCUACCCACUAAGCUCAAAAUCUUCCUUUGGAAGUACUUAACUAGAUCCCUCCCGUUCCCGGAAAACCUAAGAAGGUUCAACAUACAAUUGGCCUCAAAAUGCCCUUUCUGCCAACAACAUCAGGAAACAAUGAACCAUUGUUUGUUCGCAUGCUCACUAAUCCGCCCGAUUUGGGACCAUUUCUCUUACAUUUUGCAGGUGGGAACUACUACACAUGACGAACUCAGACAGACAUUAUUCAAAUGGUGGCUAGGCGGGAAGACCAACAACGUGAAAGAAGAAAUUAGACAGGCCUUACCAGGAAUCAUCAUGUGGGAAACGUGGAAGAGUUACAAUGCAUACAUUUGGGAAAACAAGUCAACUUACAGAUUGGAACUGAUCAAGGAUAUCAAAUUACACACAAGAGAGUGGGUGCACAGCAGACACAAACACAGAAACUGGACUUUUGACGAAGAAUUACACAAAGACGGACUCAUCCCACUUUUCACAGGCAGUCAACCACACAUCACAGUAAACAGUUCAAAUCUGACUCUAACAUGUCACCGUGUUGACCAACAUAGGCAGUCACAAAACAUCGGAACGCAAAUGAACCACACACAAAAUACAGAUCAAAAUGCAAAUACCAACACAAACGAAGACUCACCUGCUCAAAGAACAAUCGCUACCGCAGAGACAGGACCUCAAUCGCAGACUGCAGAUGAAAGCCCUCAUUCGUCUCAUAGAUACAACACAGAUGCCCCUCACAACAACAAAAAAUAUAAAUCGGUCACAGUCCCAAAUCAACACGAAGAAAUAUUCAAGCACAUAAUUCCAUUACCUCAACAACUCUUCAUUCUUGACGGCCCAGAAAACCUUUCACAAGCCGCAACGUCAGAAGACCUUCAAUUGCCUUUCUCUAGCCAUCGCGAUGGUUUCGAACCCCCUCUGCACACCAGGCGAACUCCAAGGAUAGGCGAACACUACACGACUCAGCUGCAAACCGGAUGACUCCUAACGCUCUCUUGUUGAGGAAGGGUAACAUCGCAUUUUUGAACCCUAGUCCGCUUCUGGAUCGGGCGAAGUUCAGGGUUCCAUCGACACUUAUUCCUUUGGUGUUAUUAUGUUGGACCUAAGGUGGAUCCCUCUUUCUUGGACUCUUUCGGAAAUCUGAGGCCCACUCCUAUAGUCACACCCUUUUAUUUACAAUAGGUUUGGCUCCUAUUUCACGGAGCUAGGUUUUAUGUCCUCUCCGCACAAUGUAAUCUGCAUUAUACUGAAUAAACUUUUAUUUGAUAAAAAAAAUCAAAGAACUUUUACACGAUGAAAUCUCUGCUCUCAAAGAAGAAAAGAUUUCAGAUGAAUGUGCGCACCGCGGCCGUGAUUGUUAUGUGAAGAUACCUAAAGGGGUUACAUUUUAUACCUAGGUAUCUGCGCAUAUAGCCUUGCC